AGGAAAUUGAUAUACGUCCCUAACCUGUUUAUGUAACUUGUUGGCUUACUUAUAGCGGUGCAUUUGCUCAUUAUUCUUCGGCAAAGUGUGAAGUAACGGAUAUGAAUUCUUUAAGAACGAGGAUCGUCAAUAGACGAAAUGUACAAAGUAUGAUGAGGAAACUUCAGCCUUUCAGCACUCCCGUAUCCGAGAAGUCUUCUCCUGAAAUUAAAAUUCCAAUGCGAAAGGAACGUGGGCCGACCGAUAUAUUAAGAGCUUUGGAAGGAACUUUAUUAAAUGAUUCGACUAGUAAUGAUUAUGGAUUUAUGGACGAUCCUUUUUUUAUUCCAACUUCUACCAAACGAAAACGUAUAUACGCCCUCUCCAAAGAAAGUGGUAGAAGAGCAGCGAGAUUUAUUGUAGAAAAUCAUAGUGAGACUUUGUAUAGUGAACUUUCAGAUCCAUUGAUUAAGGCAUUUCUACCUCCAGAAAAGUAUACAGAGAAAAGUCAAGUUUCUGAUGAAAUAUUAAUGGAAUUCAUUAAAAAAGGAAGCGUUAAAGAUUCUCUUCAUAUUUAUGAAUUAUUGGAGAAGAAUGUGAAAUUGGAGACAAAGCAAGCUCUUUUAGAGCUAUUGUGCUUUUACAAUAGCGAAGAACAAGAGUCAUCGGAAGACUUUCCAGAAGAAUUGAGAUAUCGAGCUCGUAUUCAAAUAAAUAAAAAUUUGUGGAAUAAUAAUUCCGAGGCCAAUAGUUUAUUCGAUGAAUUGAAAAAUAAUGAAGAAACAGCUGCAGCCGCUUAUAGUGCUAUGAUUUGUGGAACUGCAAAAUAUGGCUCAGUUAAUUUAGCAGAGGGACUUUAUAAAGAAUCUUUGAAAAAAAAUUUAUCCAUUUUCAGUACGUGCUAUCAUUAUUUAAUUCAAUCAAUACGAUUUUCAAAAAGGAGCGACGAAGAAUGUAAAUCUUUAAUUGAAAUCUAUUUAAAAGAUAUGAUUCAAAAGGGACUGAGUUUGAAUGUCGAUGUAUUAAAUGCUAUUCUGUCAGCUGCGGAAAAUCUUGCGGAUAAUGUUACUUAUGCGACCUCAUUCUUUUCAAAGUUUAAAUCAUUAGGAAUAGAACCAACUUUAACGACUUAUUAUUAUCUAUUAUUAAUUUUAUCUAAAAACAAUAAUUACUUCACAGAUACGAUCGAUGAAAAUGUUUUCAUGGAAAUUUUAAGCGAAGUAAAAUCAAAAGAUUUUGUAUUACACGACGAUACGGAUCAAUGUUUCUUUUCCAAAGCCAUGUCCAUUGCUGCAAAAAAUUAUUUUCCAACGAACGUUGGUCAUGAAAUAUACAAUAUUUUUUUGAGCAAGAAUAAACGUUAUUUCUUGAAUAAUAUACAAUCGAAUCAUUUUUAUAACGAUUAUAUUUUAAUGGUAUUAUACAACGAAUCCCUGUUAGAUUUCCAAAUGUUUUAUACCAAGUUUGUUCCUGCUGUUUUUAUUCCUGAUCAUGAAACGAUGAAAAACAUUAUGGAAAACUUUUUGUCUUAUCGAAAAGACAACAAACUUCUACCAAUAAUGGCCCUAUUUAUAAAACAUAUUGUAUCAUUUGAGAUGCUAUACAAUAAUAAUUUGCUGAAACUAUCACUUAAAGCAAUCGUAAAACAUUGUACCUCGAAGGAAGAGCCUCGUAUUCAAAAAGAGCUGGGCGAAUAUGCUUCGAAAGUCUGGACUCAUCUUAAAAGUUUACACGAGAGGGUGAAGUAUCAAGUUGUAUUACCAAUGGAGUUAUAUAGUAACAUAAUUAUUCUGCUACUCUAUGCAUCUGAAUUCGAAAAGGCGUUGGAUGUUUACGAUUAUUUAAUUAAAAAUCCGGAGAAAACCAGUGGUGCCUUUAAGCCAACAGAACUGAAUGAGAUUUUUAAUCAAUGUUGCACUCACAAUUUGACGGAUUUGGCAUUGCUGGUUUUACAAUACACCCACAACUCUGGAAUCGGCGAUCAGCAAUUUUAUGACGAAAAAAUAAAAUCGCACUUCGUUCUCAACCAAAUGCAGAAGCAACAAUUAAGUAAAAUCAUUGGAUCAUAGUUUUUGUAAAAUGUCAG